ACCACCCCCUGCCCCAAGCGCGAACAGGAGCUAGACCCGGGUAAUCCCGGUCGGGUGCCGGCCUCUUCCGUUGGUGGACUCCCCCUCUUCGUCCAUGGUUCAGUAUGAUCUCCCGCUGCCCGGCGACCGGCCCAGCCUGGAGGCUGUCGCAGCCCAUCCUGGCGAUCCGUACCCCCACCACCCCCACCAACAUCACCCUCACCAGCACCAGCACCAGCACCAUCCCCACGCCUACCACCAGCACCACCAGCACCAUCACCACCAGGCAUCCCCGGGGAUGACCAUGCCGUCGGGUGUGCCCGCCACUCCGACCCCGGCUAUGGCCUUGGCUUCGUCAAGUAGCCCACUCACCGCCGCCCCAGCUCCGGCACCGGUGCCGGCGUCGACCUCCGCAGCCACUGCCGCCCCAUCGGACUCGGCUCCCUCCCGGCCGCCGCCGCCGGUACUCGCCGGUCGCAUCAUCACCGAUACCUUCACCCACCGCCGCUUUGUCCUUGGUGACUUCCUGGGCGAGGGCGGCUUCGCGCGAGUCUACCAAGUGACCGAACUCCACGACCCCGCACACUAUGACCAAGUGGCCGAGGCCGUGGGACAUGCUCCAAUCACUCACUCCAGCGGAUACCUGCUGGGCCGGUCCUUUGCGGCCAAGAUCGUCGAGCGAUCGACCCUCCUGAAGCCACGCACCAAGCACAAGCUGAAAAUGGAGAUCUCCAUUCACCGGGAUCUGCGGCAUCCCAACAUCGUGCAGUUUGAUUCGGUCUUCGACGACCAGACGAAUGUGUAUCUCCUGUUGGAGCUUUGCACCGGUCGAUCCCUGCUUGAUCUCCUUCGCAAGAAGCGGCGCUUUGGCGAGGAGGAAUGUGUGCCGCUGCUCCACCAAAUUUUGGACGCCAUCGAGUACCUUCACCGGGCAAAAGUCAUCCAUCGCGAUCUGAAGCUGGGCAACCUCUUCUUGGCCGCCGACUCGUCCAUCAAGAUCGGGGAUUUCGGCCUGGCCACGCGCAUCAAGUUCGAUGGGGACCGAAAGCUAACCCUGUGCGGCACGCCGAAUUACAUCGCCCCCGAGGUCCUUGGCACUGGCCCCCUGCCCGGGGCCACGUCUGAUGGCACAAAGCAAGCUGCCGGCGGCCUGCCCCCGGCACCUGUUGGCAACCCAAAUGGCCACAGCUUCGAGGUGGACAUCUGGUCCUUCGGAGUCAUCCUGUAUACGCUGCUGGUGGGCCGGCCGCCGUUUGUCACCCGGAGCGUGGAGCUCACGUACCAGCGCAUUCGCAACAAUGACUACGAAUUCCCGCCGAUGCAACUGUCCAACGCCGCCAUGGACCUCAUCCGAGCCAUCCUCAAGACCAACCCCGAUGAACGGCCGAGCAUCCAGGAAAUCCGCGACCACCCGCUCAUGCGUCGCUAUCCGCAUCCACUCCGACCGGAUGAUGGGCUCCUGCGUGCGCGACUGGCCGCCCACCACCAGCACGGGCACCCCGGGGCCGGGGCCCUCUUGGUUCCAGCUGGGCUUCCCACGCCGGCGGGUGGGUACUAUUACCACUCGGGCGAGGGCCCGAUGGCGACGACCCGUGCCACGCCGGCGGCCCCGGCCACGGCCGCCAGCCAGCCGGCAUCCCCUGCUGCGCAGAAUUUCCCGCUGGCCAUCACGCCGGGGUCCGCCGCGCGGCCCUCCUCCGCCCUGCGCUCGAGCCUGACGGCUCCGCUGUCCUCCGCGAGUUCUUCGGCCGCCGGCGCGACGGCCUCCCCCGCCGCCCUGCCCGCCGCCGUGGCUGCCUCCAAGCGUCUCUUGGCCGAGGGAACGGAUGCCUCGGCUGCCAGUGGGCGUGGCACCCCGGGCGACGUUCGGACGCCGCUUCUUCCGGUUGGCGGCCAAGCCGGCACCGCCGGCGGUGUCGGCAUGCCGAUGACCCCGGUGUCAACCGGCGCCGCGGCUGUCACCCCGGCCAAGCCCCCUUCCGGUGCGCUGGCCACGCCGCUGGUCCGGUCGGCCGGAAGCCCCCCCUCCUCGGCCGGCAUCCUGUCACCCCUGCAGCUGGCCCUGGCCGCCCAGCAGGCCCGUUCCCCCGGGUCCGGGAUGUCGGCCACCGCCGCCGGCACGACCCAUGCCACCUCCCAGGGCUGCCUGCUGGGGUCCUACUCGCCGCUGCUGGUCAGCAGCCCGGGGCUGCUCCUCGGGUCGUCUCGGUCUCCGGUUGCCGAGGAUUCGCGUGGCUCGCCAUCGCCGUCGGCCGCGGCAGCAGCUGCCGUGGCGGCGGCCCGAGCAGGCUCCCGGCCGGGGGCCACUUCCUCCCUGCGUGCCUCCAUCUCUCGGAGCGCCGGUGUGGCCAAGGCUUCCCUCCGGGGCGUUGACCGCUCGGGCCCGGCCACCGGCACCACUCCUGCCUCCGCCGCCGGCGGCUUGACCGUCGCCACUGCGGUUGCCCCUGCCGUCGGCGCCGGCGCCGGCGCCGGCGCCGGCGCCCCCUCCCCGGUCAAGCCGGUUCUCUGGGUGGAUCUCUACCAAAUCAUGUUGCGCCAGGUGCAACUCAUUCUCGCCCAGUCCGAUCGCGUGCACCAGCGGUUCUCCCCCUCGUCCGCCAUCAUCCCCCAACCGUGGGUGGUCAAGUGGAUCGACUACUCCGGCAAGUAUGGGCUCGGGUAUCGGCUGUCCAACAGCGUCACCGGGGUCCUGUUCAAUGAUCACACUUCUCUCCUCCGAAGCGAUGACCUCCGGCGGAAUGUCUAUCUGGACCAUACCACCCAGGAGCGCCGGCACUUCCCUUGCGACACGGUUCCCGAGCCACUCGCCAAGAAGACGCACAUCCUCAACUACUUUCAUGGAUACAUGGAGGACUGCCUGCGCGAUCAGAUUGGCACCUCAUCGACGCCGGUCGCCGGGGCCGGGGUCUACGCACCGGGCUUCGCUCCUCAAGCCCAGGCGGCCGAUCUGCCGAUGGUGGGCAAAUGGUCGCGAACCGAGCAUGGGAUCCUUUUCCGUCUCAGUCACGGUCUUCUUCAGUAUGAUCUCCCGCUGCCCGGCGACCGGCCCAGCCUGGAGGCUGUCGCAGCCCAUCCUGGCGAUCCGUACCCCCACCACCCCCACCAACAUCACCCUCACCAGCACCAGCACCAGCACCAUCCCCACGCCUACCACCAGCACCACCAGCACCAUCACCACCAGGCAUCCCCGGGGAUGACCAUGCCGUCGGGUGUGCCCGCCACUCCGACCCCGGCUAUGGCCUUGGCUUCGUCAAGUAGCCCACUCACCGCCGCCCCAGCUCCGGCACCGGUGCCGGCGUCGACCUCCGCAGCCACUGCCGCCCCAUCGGACUCGGCUCCCUCCCGGCCGCCGCCGCCGGUACUCGCCGGUCGCAUCAUCACCGAUACCUUCACCCACCGCCGCUUUGUCCUUGGUGACUUCCUGGGCGAGGGCGGCUUCGCGCGAGUCUACCAAGUGACCGAACUCCACGACCCCGCACACUAUGACCAAGUGGCCGAGGCCGUGGGACAUGCUCCAAUCACUCACUCCAGCGGAUACCUGCUGGGCCGGUCCUUUGCGGCCAAGAUCGUCGAGCGAUCGACCCUCCUGAAGCCACGCACCAAGCACAAGCUUCCACUGCUCCGCUUCGUGCUUCAGCUGAAAAUGGAGAUCUCCAUUCACCGGGAUCUGCGGCAUCCCAACAUCGUGCAGUUUGAUUCGGUCUUCGACGACCAGACGAAUGUGUAUCUCCUGUUGGAGCUUUGCACCGGUCGAUCCCUGCUUGAUCUCCUUCGCAAGAAGCGGCGCUUUGGCGAGGAGGAAUGUGUGCCGCUGCUCCACCAAAUUUUGGACGCCAUCGAGUACCUUCACCGGGCAAAAGUCAUCCAUCGCGAUCUGAAGCUGGGCAACCUCUUCUUGGCCGCCGACUCGUCCAUCAAGAUCGGGGAUUUCGGCCUGGCCACGCGCAUCAAGUUCGAUGGGGACCGAAAGCUAACCCUGUGCGGCACGCCGAAUUACAUCGCCCCCGAGGUCCUUGGCACUGGCCCCCUGCCCGGGGCCACGUCUGAUGGCACAAAGCAAGCUGCCGGCGGCCUGCCCCCGGCACCUGUUGGCAACCCAAAUGGCCACAGCUUCGAGGUGGACAUCUGGUCCUUCGGAGUCAUCCUGUAUACGCUGCUGGUGGGCCGGCCGCCGUUUGUCACCCGGAGCGUGGAGCUCACGUACCAGCGCAUUCGCAACAAUGACUACGAAUUCCCGCCGAUGCAACUGUCCAACGCCGCCAUGGACCUCAUCCGAGCCAUCCUCAAGACCAACCCCGAUGAACGGCCGAGCAUCCAGGAAAUCCGCGACCACCCGCUCAUGCGUCGCUAUCCGCAUCCACUCCGACCGGAUGAUGGGCUCCUGCGUGCGCGACUGGCCGCCCACCACCAGCACGGGCACCCCGGGGCCGGGGCCCUCUUGGUUCCAGCUGGGCUUCCCACGCCGGCGGGUGGGUACUAUUACCACUCGGGCGAGGGCCCGAUGGCGACGACCCGUGCCACGCCGGCGGCCCCGGCCACGGCCGCCAGCCAGCCGGCAUCCCCUGCUGCGCAGAAUUUCCCGCUGGCCAUCACGCCGGGGUCCGCCGCGCGGCCCUCCUCCGCCCUGCGCUCGAGCCUGACGGCUCCGCUGUCCUCCGCGAGUUCUUCGGCCGCCGGCGCGACGGCCUCCCCCGCCGCCCUGCCCGCCGCCGUGGCUGCCUCCAAGCGUCUCUUGGCCGAGGGAACGGAUGCCUCGGCUGCCAGUGGGCGUGGCACCCCGGGCGACGUUCGGACGCCGCUUCUUCCGGUUGGCGGCCAAGCCGGCACCGCCGGCGGUGUCGGCAUGCCGAUGACCCCGGUGUCAACCGGCGCCGCGGCUGUCACCCCGGCCAAGCCCCCUUCCGGUGCGCUGGCCACGCCGCUGGUCCGGUCGGCCGGAAGCCCCCCCUCCUCGGCCGGCAUCCUGUCACCCCUGCAGCUGGCCCUGGCCGCCCAGCAGGCCCGUUCCCCCGGGUCCGGGAUGUCGGCCACCGCCGCCGGCACGACCCAUGCCACCUCCCAGGGCUGCCUGCUGGGGUCCUACUCGCCGCUGCUGGUCAGCAGCCCGGGGCUGCUCCUCGGGUCGUCUCGGUCUCCGGUUGCCGAGGAUUCGCGUGGCUCGCCAUCGCCGUCGGCCGCGGCAGCAGCUGCCGUGGCGGCGGCCCGAGCAGGCUCCCGGCCGGGGGCCACUUCCUCCCUGCGUGCCUCCAUCUCUCGGAGCGCCGGUGUGGCCAAGGCUUCCCUCCGGGGCGUUGACCGCUCGGGCCCGGCCACCGGCACCACUCCUGCCUCCGCCGCCGGCGGCUUGACCGUCGCCACUGCGGUUGCCCCUGCCGUCGGCGCCGGCGCCGGCGCCGGCGCCGGCGCCCCCUCCCCGGUCAAGCCGGUUCUCUGGGUGGAUCUCUACCAAAUCAUGUUGCGCCAGGUGCAACUCAUUCUCGCCCAGUCCGAUCGCGUGCACCAGCGGUUCUCCCCCUCGUCCGCCAUCAUCCCCCAACCGUGGGUGGUCAAGUGGAUCGACUACUCCGGCAAGUAUGGGCUCGGGUAUCGGCUGUCCAACAGCGUCACCGGGGUCCUGUUCAAUGAUCACACUUCUCUCCUCCGAAGCGAUGACCUCCGGCGGAAUGUCUAUCUGGACCAUACCACCCAGGAGCGCCGGCACUUCCCUUGCGACACGGUUCCCGAGCCACUCGCCAAGAAGACGCACAUCCUCAACUACUUUCAUGGAUACAUGGAGGACUGCCUGCGCGAUCAGAUUGGCACCUCAUCGACGCCGGUCGCCGGGGCCGGGGUCUACGCACCGGGCUUCGCUCCUCAAGCCCAGGCGGCCGAUCUGCCGAUGGUGGGCAAAUGGUCGCGAACCGAGCAUGGGAUCCUUUUCCGUCUCAGUCACGGUCUUCUUCAGAUCAAUUUCACCAAUCACUUGAAGGUGGUCUUCGUCCCGGCUUGCCGACGCCUGUACAUCGUGUACCCAGACCAGUCGUGCAUGGAGUUCCACUUUUCCAAGGCCGACGGGUCCCUCGAGGCCGAGGGUCCCGGCUGGACGCGCAGCGCCUCCCUCCCGGCCGAUGCUGCCCGAUCGCUGGCCGGCUGUCAGACCAUCAUUGCCGGGCUCUGUGCUCCGACGUCCUCCGGCAGCGGCGGUCCUGCGUCCCCGGUACCGGCUUUCCGUUCGUCGUCCACCGCCGGCUCCACCGCGGGCGCCGCCAUGACCGCGGCCGCCACCACCCCCACCACGGCCCCGAUCGCCGGCGCUGGCCCCGAUGCCAAGAUGUCGGGAUCCAGCGGCGCCUUGGCCUCCAGCAAUGCGGCCCGCCUGGGCUCCGGGCCUGGGCUUUUCCACUCGCCACAGCCGGUGCCAACGUCGGUGGCCAUGAUGGCCCCCUCCGGCGGUGAUGCUCGUUCUCCCCCGUCUCUACGCUCGUCGCAGGACACGGCCUCCAUUUCCUCGUCGUCAUCCUCUUCCUCUUCGUCGAGCUCCUCACCGGCCUCCUUCUGAUGGGGACGGUCUGUCCUGCUCGCCGUUUGCUUGUUCCUUGGCCCUCCCCUACCGGCUGCUCUCCUCGUUGUUUGAAGCGCCGGUGCGCUGUGCGUCUCCGCUCAUGCUUGCAGCCAGGAGGGCGGGCCAGUCUCGGGACGGCUUUUGUCCUUGUUGCCCUUGUGUGCCUCCUCAUGUUCCCCCGGGAUAUUUCUCGAUCCUCCCCCCCCCCCCUCCCCC